CAGCCAUUGACCCAAGUAGUAUAAUCACAAUUUUAUUUGGUUUCUGAAAGGUGUCACUAGAUCUCAAUCUCGAGGUCGAUCAAAUCCUCAGUUGACAUAUACAAACCUCCAGAUGAAUCAUGCUUGACCUUGAAGAAACCAUGGAAGUGAAAAGCAGUGCCAACAGACCUAAGAGCUUGAGCCCCUCAAUAACUAUACUCCUUAUCGGUCUCUUUUCACUUUCUCUCAUUCUCAUCCUCUUUCAUGGCUUUUCUUCACUCUCCACCUCUUCUGCUUCAUCGGAUCUUCAUUUCUGGAAAAGUGAACUUGGUGCCAGCAACAACGAUGCUCGUGAUGAUCUUAACUCGAGGCUCCGAGACUCGGUUACUUUCCUUCCUCUCAAAGACUUGAGGUUCACCAAAACUGCAAUGGAGGGCAACACUUGGUUUAUGAGCUCUUUCAGCGACACAUCUGAAGAAAAUGAAUCCCAAUACCUCUAUUUCCCUUCACAAGCGUCAAAGGGAAGACUACUGUGCCUCAAGGGUCAUGACCACAAAGAUGGCACCGAAAACUCGUAUGCCUUGGCAUGGCCUCAAAGUCUACCAAACUCCACUACAUUCUUGAAGGGCCUCACAUUUGUGUCGGACACAUACUAUGAUUAUGUAAACUUGUGGCAUGGACUCACUGCCAUGGUCCCUUUUGUGGGAUGGUCAAUCAAGAACGGGUGUGUGAAGCCGACGCGAUGGGUGCUGUUCCAUUGGGGAGAGCUGAGGGAAAAUAUGGGAUUGUGGCUUCAGAACCUAGUGGAAGCAAACUUUGGGAAAGUGAUGAUUGAACAAAUGGGAAAAGGAGAAGGGCCAUAUUGUUUUGAGAAGGCUGUUGUGACGAGACAUAAUGUAGGGAAAAUGGGGAAGGAGAAGAAGCUUCAAGUGUCUGACUUGUUGAGAUGUAAAGCAAGAGUAUUUUGUGGCAUAAAUCCGGCAGGUAGAGGGAAAGAGAUUGGUGUCAGAGGGGAGCCAAUCAUAAGGCUAACUUUGUUAAUGAGGAAAGCUUCAAGAUCAUUCAAGGAUCCAACUGCAGUGAUUAGUAUAUUUGCAAGGGAGUGUGCAAUGGUGGAUGGGUGCUUGUUGGAGGUUGUUCAGUCUGAAGACCUAAGUUUCUGCGAUCAGGUUAAGGUCAUGACCAACACAGAUAUUCUUGCAUCCCCACAUGGAGCUCAGCUAACAAACAUGCUCUUCAUGGAUAGAAACAGUAGCAUUAUGGAAUUCUUUCCUAAAGGGUGGUUAGAGCUUGCCGGGGCCGGCCAGUAUGCCCAUCACUGGAUGGCAGAUCAGUCCGGUAUGAACCACCGAGGUGCAUGGUGGGAUCUUAAUGCUGAAGAGGAAUGCCCUGACCCUAAACAACAGAAAGAAUGCUUUAACUUCUACAAAGAUGGCCAGGUUGGUCACAACGAAACUUACUUUGCAGGGUGGGCUAGAACUGUUCUCAACCACGUUAGGAUAAGCAAGCAGGAAGCCAUGCAGAGUUCGCAGCAAUUUUCAAAUGCUUGCCAAUGCUAGCUUUCUAAUCUUCAUUCAUACUUUGGAAGCUAAAGCAACAUGAAAAUAAUGACGUUUCUUCCACCAUGCAGAAAG